AUGGCCGAAAAACGCAAACUCCCCGCCCGCGAACGUCGCGAACCCGCGGCGAAGCGACGAGCCUCCGAAGCUCCGUCUCGACCAUCUCCUCAACCUCAGUCUUCGAAGAAGAAGGGGUCUGCACCGGUCGUCGCUCCUUCACCUCCUCCUCCACCGCCACCACCGGAACCUACCGAACCCCCUUUGCCUACAAAGAUAAAGGAUGGAGAGCCUCUUCCGACUACGGCCACGCCGCAACCGACCAAUCUUACGGAGAAAGAGUAUCAGUCGUAUGCGGAAAGUGCGGUUCUGCUAGCAUCCCUGGAACGAUCGAAGAAGAAAUGGCUAAGCGACGGCAUCUUGGAGAGAUACUGGACCAAACCCAAGAAGACCAAGAGGGAACAGAUUGAAGGGAAGAAUCCGCCCAAGGAGACCAUGUCAAAGGUUGGAGCUUGCAACAUCGUUGUCGGACCUCAUCUUUUCGACGCGAUGCUGUACACUGUCAAAGAUCCCAACGCGCCGCCGCCGAUCCAAUACACCACCCCUCAACGCCCGAUGGUCCAUUAUGGACAUCCGAACAACUUCCAACAAUACCACCCCUAUCCUCACUCCCCUGCCCCGCCCCAGCAUGCACGGCAACACCCUCCUCAAGGCUCUCCGGCGACCCCAGGAACACCUCAACCAGGCUACACUCCUGGAAGCCACCCACCCCCUUCACAUCCUGCUCGGACUCCAAGUCAGCCACCCCAUCGUCCCCCGGGCCCUCAGUCUGCGCAAAGACCAUCGCCUUCUCAGCACCCCCAGACUGCCCAACCGCCGAAGCCUAGCCCAGACCCUGUCAUUCAGAUGCUUGCAACACGAGCUGCGUCCGAUCCCGAGCUCAAAGCGUUGAUGCGCGUCGUGGCUUCGAGCAAAGCAUCCCAAGAGCAACUCCGCGCUUUCCAGGCGCAUAUUGACGAACUGAACGCCAUCAUUCGCGCAAGGGAACAACAGCAACAACGGCUACAGCAGCAGCAACAGCAGCAACAGCAGCGACAAGUUCAGCCUUCCACCCCCUCUCAUCCUCACCCUCGUCCGUCACAACCCCCAUCACAACACCCAUCACAACAGCCCCAGCCUCAGCCUCAGCAAACGCCGCAACCUUCGCAACCUCCGCAACAACCUCCCUCUGCACAAAAGCCUCCCCCGCAGUCAGGUCAACAAACCCCUCAGCAGACCCCUCAGCAGACCCCGCAAGGGCAGGCGCAACCACAGUCCACGCCGCGUGUCGAGGUGCAAGUCCCCAAACCAUCACCGUCUGCCGCCCCUGCCCACCCUCCCCCCAACUCGAACGCCCCACAGCCGCCACAAACCCCUACUCCACAGGCACCUAAGCCAGCCCCUCAGGUUGUAAUCAAACAAGAACCUGGCGUGGCGGCGGCAGGCCAGCCCCCGUCUCAGCCGGUAUCGAGUCCCAGCGUGGCGCCGGCUCCAGUUCCUACCCCGGAUCCGCAAAAGCAGGCAAGCCCAGCUGUACGACCCAUGCCACCCCCCCAGCAGCAGCCAACGCCGCGGCCAGGGCCUCCACAUCCACAGUAUCAGCAGCCUCCGUAUCAAAGCCAUCCACCUGCCAUACAAUCCCGACCUCCGCAGUACGGGUCGCCAGCACCAUAUUAUCGCCCAGCUCCGCCACCGCCCCCUCCGAGACAGAACUACAAGUCUGUGGUCUUUGAAUUUACAUCACCGCUGACCCCAUAUGGAAGCAGCACAUCUGGACAUGCAGGCUCUGGUGACCGAUACCUAUUUCCUGAGUACACAAUCUUGGAAUGGCUCCCUGGAGGAAAUACUGUGCUUGCCUCAUUCCUGCUCGUGAGGAAGGUAGAUCCAAACGCAACGUUUCCCUUAGAGUCAGCUACUGAGACGGCCAACCCACGGGCUAAAGGCAAGGCAUCCAAGUCCAAGUCGAAGAAAGCGGACAAGAACAAGGAGAAAGCCAGCGAGGCCGACAAGGAUAAGGGGAAAGCAGACGAUAAAGAAAAAGACAAGCCGCAGGAGAAGUCCAAUGAUAAACCUGAGCCUUCGGCUACCGAACCUAAGCCGGACGGCUCUAAGACACCAGCCAGCAACACCCAAGCUGAUCAGAAGGCUGAAGCAUCCGGAACACCUAAUAAGCCCUCCGCCGAUAAAGACGGCUCGAACGACAAGAAGGCAGACACCAAAGACAAGGACAAGGACAAUGACAAAGAGAAGGAGAACAAGGAGAAAGAGAAGGCCAAAGACUCCAAUCUAAAGGAAUACUACCAACCUGUAACAUUCCGCAUCUUCACCAACAACCCCAAAGUCCUGGAACCUCUAGGCCGUGUCGUGAAACCCCCCGACGAAGUACGCAAAUACAUGAAUGAGAUCAUGGACCGAGCGGAACGCGCCCCUGAGGGAUUUCUGGCAUACCGUCUGCCCCGGGAAGAGCCAGACGAUAACAAGCCCGCCCCUGAGACAGAAGAUAGUGGCAAGAAAACCGGGACUCCGGUCCCAGCUGCGCGUGGGAGGCUGCAGUCUCGGAGUAAGACGGUGGACGAGGAAUCAGGGGAUGAGAAUAUCGAGAAACCUGUGGAAGAGGAGGAGGAAGAGGAACUCAAGGAUUUCUAUGGUCCGCCUACGGGACUUCCACCUAUGGGGGCGUGA